UGUAGUUUGUAUUUUUCGUUGACUACACGUAGGUAACAAGAAGACAAUGAUGGAACCACUCCCGGAAGGCAUUGAGUCAGAGGAGAUGCAAGGAUGGCAGGCAAAUAUGCAACUCUAAGUCUAACCUUCCAGGACAAUAUUAUUUCAACGUGGAGAUUAAUCUGCCGGCGGUAUCAACCCGGGGCAGCAGCUGGAUGCGGCGACGGUGGCGGGCGCCGGCGUACAGUGGCGGGGAACCAGUAGCUCGCAGAAAUCACAAACAAAGGAGCAGAUCCGGUGAUAGCCUUUGUCCGGCGGAGUCCCUAGCUACAACAGCGGCGAACCGGCGAUGUAUUAGUCCGGUGAGUGGCAGCGACCGCCGGCGAAGGUGGCGACCCGGCGUGGCGCUGCUCCAGAGAUCCAAUUGCAGAGGAAAUUGCGAGGAAGAUGGAGAUGGGAUGAGUGCUAACCUGGGGUGGCGACGUGGUGUGGGGUUGCGCAGCGAUUGAGGGAGUCUGGCUGGUGCGGAGAGGAGGCGGAGGUUUGGCUCACGCGACGCCGGCUUGGUCGAACGGCAGGGGUGAAGGGAAUGAGACGCGUAAUUACAAGCUGAUCCUGGAGGGUACAGAGAUGGAGAAGAUGUACGGAUGCAGGGCUCAAACCGUUAACAGAUAUGAUGGUUUUAAUGUAACUUGUUUUCUGAUAAUGAUCUAUUAAAGAUGUUUAUUUAAAAUAACAGUUUUGCUUCCGCACUAUUUUGAAUUAACUCUGAUAAACGUU